UUUGUCUCCACACAGAUGGAGCCAUCUCUGGAGCUGGCCAACGUGACCAGGGUCCAGCAGUUCGUCCUGCUGGGCUUGUCCACCAGGCUGGGCGUCAGGGACGUCCUGUUUGCCGUCUUCCUGGCUCUCUACCUGCUGACCCUCCUGGAGAACGUGGUCAUCGUCUCCCUCAUCUGCAGCCACAGCGAGCUCCGCAAGCCCAUGUACUUCUUCCUGGGCAACCUCAGCUGCCUGGAGAUGUGCUACGUGUCCGUCACCAUGCCCACCCUGCUCCUGGGGCUGUGGAUGGGACCCUACCACAUCUCCUUUGUGGCCUGCAUGACCCAGCUGUUCUUCUUUGUCUCCCUCAUCUGCACAGAGUGCACCCUCCUGGCCUCCAUGGCCUAUGACCGCUACGUGGCCAUCUGUCGCCCUCUGCACUACCCGCUGCUCAUGAGGCCCCAGGUCUGCUGGGGAUUAGCCCUGUCCUCGUGGCUUGGGGGGCUGGUGAUCUCGGCGGUAAAGACCUCGUGCAUCGCCAGCCUGUCCUACUGCGGCCCCAAUGUGCUCAACCAGUUUUUCUGCGACGUCUCCCCUCUGCUCAACCUGUCCUGCACCCACGUGGCCCUCACGGAGCUGGUGGACUUCAUCUCGGCCAUCGUCAUCUUCUGCGGAACCCUCCUGGUGGCGCUGGCCUCCUACGCGGCCAUCGGCACAGCGGUGCUGCGCAUGCCGUCCGCCGCCGCGCGGCGCAAGGCCUUCUCCACCUGCGCCUCGCACCUGGUGGUGGUGGGCAUCUUCUACUCGGCCGCCCUCUUCAUCUACUGCCGCCCCAGCCGCAUCAGGUCCAUGGACCUCAACAAGGUGCUGUCGGUCAUCUACACGGUGGCCACGCCCCUGUGCAACCCGGUCAUCUACUGCCUGCGCAACAGGGAGGUGCACGCGGCGCUGCGCAGGACGCUCUGCGGGCCGUGA